AGCCCACUCCCCUCCAGCCCCUGCCGAGCAGCGUGGAGGGGAGAUGCCCAUUCUCUUCCACGCCCAUGCGGAGCGCCCACCCCAGGCCCCUCGGACCCCGGACCCGCGACCCUCCGACCCGCACUCACCGCUCCCUAGGCCCGGGCUUCUGCGGUUACCAUGGCGACGGCGCACCGGCGCUCGGCAGCCCCACCCCCCCUGAGCGCGGCGGCUCCGGCUGCGCGCAAGCGUCAAGGGUACAAGGUGCCGGAAGCGAGAGGCCAAAGGCGGGGAGGAGUUCGUCAAGAUGAUUUAGAUUGCUGUGUUUGGACGCUGGCGUGCUGGUUUUUUCUUUGUUUUUUACUGUCGCCAACAAAAGGCGUUUCUUGAGACCUCACAAGCGCCCACUAUGGCAGGAGCAGAAGCAGUUUGGAAACUGUGUCUCUUUUGAUUCAGGAAUUUAACAUCCAAAACAGUCUUUUAAAAAGGGGGAAAGGAAUGUAGGUGGGAUAGGAGCAUCGAAAGAAACCAGUAGAGAAGAGCUAAUCUUCACAGCUGAAACCUGAAGGAGAACGUACUGAACAUCCAUUGUUUCUGCCUGCCCAUCCUUCCUCUUCUGGUUACAGCACACAGUUUUCUAGUAGGCAAUCCCUUUCACACACUCUCAGCCCAGGUCGUUUGGGUGGGGCCAGUCCCGCUCCAGAUCAAGUCCCAGCCAAGCAGUGUUUUCUACACCCCUGGGCACAGUGAUUAGCAGGGGUUGAUGAGAGACAGUCAGCCUGAGUUGCCAGUAACCAUCUUGCCACUAUGUGGAGAGAGCUUGACAGAGCAACGAAAGAGCCAAGAAAUGAAUCCUGAGGCCAUUCCUUGAGCCCUGGAGCUAGAAAUACCCAAAGCCAUUUUUUAUCCCCCUUUUUCAAAUGUGUUCGGCUUUAGAGUGUGGUGAAGGGUACUUUUCAUGUUGCAUGGAAGGAAAGCCAAUGCGCAGGUGUACCAACAUUCGACCAGGAGAGACUGGAAUGGAUGUAACAAGCCGCUGCACCCUUGGAGACCCCAACAAACUGCCAGAAGGGGUUCCCCAACCUGCCCGCAUGCCCUAUAUCUCAGACAAGCACCCUCGACAAACCUUGGAGGUGAUUAACCUUCUGAGAAAGCACCGGGAGCUGUGUGAUGUGGUGCUAGUUGUGGGCGCUAAGAAGAUAUAUGCCCAUCGAGUCAUUUUGUCAGCCUGUAGUCCCUACUUCCGAGCUAUGUUUACAGGAGAAUUGGCAGAGAGCCGUCAGACGGAAGUUGUGAUCCGAGACAUAGAUGAGAGGGCUAUGGAACUACUGAUAGACUUUGCGUAUACCUCCCAGAUAACUGUGGAAGAGGGCAAUGUUCAGACCCUUCUGCCAGCUGCUUGCCUCCUUCAGCUGGCAGAAAUACAGGAAGCCUGUUGUGAAUUCUUAAAGAGACAAUUAGAUCCUUCUAACUGCCUGGGCAUUCGGGCUUUUGCUGACACACAUUCAUGUCGUGAGUUGCUAAGGAUAGCAGACAAGUUCACGCAACAUAACUUUCAAGAGGUGAUGGAAAGUGAAGAGUUCAUGUUGCUUCCAGCCAAUCAACUCAUUGAUAUAAUAUCUAGUGAUGAACUAAAUGUUCGCAGUGAAGAACAGGUGUUCAAUGCAGUGAUGGCCUGGGUUAAAUACAGUAUUCAAGAAAGACGUCCUCAGUUACCCCAGGUGCUGCAGCAUGUUCGUUUGCCUUUGCUUAGUCCCAAGUUUCUGGUGGGUACUGUAGGCUCUGAUCCCCUCAUCAAAAGUGAUGAAGAAUGCAGAGACUUGGUAGAUGAGGCUAAAAACUAUCUUCUAUUGCCUCAAGAACGACCACUAAUGCAAGGACCAAGGACAAGACCACGGAAACCUAUUCGAUGUGGAGAAGUACUCUUUGCAGUUGGUGGUUGGUGCAGUGGAGAUGCCAUUUCCAGUGUUGAACGAUAUGAUCCACAGACCAAUGAAUGGCGAAUGGUAGCUUCAAUGAGCAAAAGGCGAUGUGGAGUUGGGGUCAGUGUUCUUGAUGACCUGUUAUAUGCAGUAGGAGGCCAUGAUGGGUCCUCUUAUCUCAAUAGUGUUGAAAGGUAUGACCCCAAAACAAACCAAUGGAGCAGUGAUGUUGCUCCUACAAGCACCUGCAGGACAAGUGUUGGUGUGGCUGUGCUUGGAGGCUUUCUCUAUGCUGUGGGUGGCCAGGAUGGAGUGUCUUGCCUCAACAUCGUUGAGAGGUAUGAUCCGAAGGAGAACAAGUGGACUCGGGUGGCUUCUAUGAGUACUAGGAGACUAGGCGUGGCUGUGGCUGUGUUAGGAGGGUUCUUAUACGCUGUAGGUGGCUCUGAUGGGACAUCUCCACUUAACACAGUGGAGCGUUAUAAUCCUCAGGAAAACAGAUGGCACACCAUAGCCCCUAUGGGGACCCGGAGGAAACACCUAGGCUGUGCAGUGUAUCAGGAUAUGAUCUAUGCCGUAGGAGGUAGAGAUGACACUACAGAGCUUAGCAGUGCUGAGAGAUACAACCCCAGAACCAACCAGUGGUCUCCAGUGGUGGCUAUGACAUCCCGCCGUAGUGGAGUUGGCCUGGCAGUAGUGAAUGGACAGCUCAUGGCUGUAGGAGGUUUUGAUGGCACAACGUACUUGAAGACCAUUGAAGUUUUUGAUCCUGAUGCCAAUACAUGGAGGUUAUAUGGCGGGAUGAAUUACCGUCGGCUUGGAGGUGGAGUAGGAGUUAUAAAAAUGACACAUUGUGAAUCCCAUAUAUGGUGACCAUAUAGAAGACAGUCAUGCAUUUGCUCCUCUGUAUUGUGGAGAGCUUUGACUUUGGAGCUUUGUACAGCUCUAGAAUACACUAAACAAAUUUUAUUAUUUGCCGGUGCCUCAACAUGUGGAAAUACAGAUACAUUGAAAGUACUUCACCUGCAAGACGCCACCUUUGCACAAUAAUUUUCAGUUCUGUGCAGAAGAAUAUUUAUUUUUGGUUUUAAUUUAUCAUGGGAUUUUUGUUGCUGGGUUUUUGGUUUUUUGUUUUGGGAUUUAGCCUUCCUCCCACCAAAAGAGAAAAAAAGGAAAGACAAAAAAAAAAAAAACAUUUCAAGCAGUAAAACCUUAUUUUUAAGAUACUGAUUAAGUUUGAAACUACUAAUAAGGGAAGAGGUCUAUAUGGGAUCUAGUUGUCAGUUCUAAGCACUCCAUCCACAAGACUCCACUACUUACAGGGACUUAUCAGUGACAAAGAUAGGUAUGCAAGGUGUAUUAGUUAGGCAUCACUCUUGCAGUAAGCACCAGAAGACUUAAAAAUCUAAAAAACAAAACAAACAUCUCAUUUAACUAGAACAAUUCAAAAGGAAUAUUAAAUCAAUAAGACCAGGACUCAGAUGCCGAAGUUUUCAUCAGUGGAAGCUCACAUCUUGUUUCCUUCCUUAUGGACUUGCUUGCCACUAUAAAGUCUUUUUUUCUAGAGUUCCUGCUAGAUCUAGAGCUCUGCUCAGUGCCUCUACAAAAACAGUAUAUGAUUCUCAUAUACUGUCUUGAGAAUCCCCCAGUAGAAUCACGUGUAACUCUGCAAGUUUUUGCUCAAAAACGUUACUGACUGAAGCAACUUUCCUUUCUAUUUCCUGUUGCUACUAAGGACCAGCAGGGAGAAAUGGCCUCUCCCCAGCAGUGAAUACUGUUAUGCAAUUUACACUUGAUGCUCAGGCCUGCUGAAGCUGAGGCUUACCUGUAAUCACAGCCUCCAAGGGAAUGAAUUCUUCAGUUCAUGAAAUAGUAUGCUAACGAGUAUAAAAUCAAUUGAGGCAUUUAAUUGAUAAAAUCUUGGUUCUUUUAUAAAAACUAUAUAUCAUUAUCCUCAUUCUAUAAAGCCACUAUUACCACCACUCUCAAAUUGCACUUUCUGGUAAAAAGUUAACAUUUUUAAGGAAAAAGAAGAAUACAGAUUUCAGUGGUUAAAGUGUUUUUGUUAUUGUGAUCAUACACCAAUUUUUUCAAUGUAUCUUGCAGUAAAAGCUUUGAAAAAGACUUUAACCACAACCAUAAGGAAUAACCUUCUUCUCCCUCCCCUCACUACAAAAAUGUUUGGCAACAUUUGUGUUUACAUUUAAAGAUCAUUUGCACCUUUAUAAGGAAAAAAAAUAAGUAUUUGGUAAACAAUUGUUUACAUGCAUCAUUUAUGCUUUUUUCUAGCAUGUAUAACUUUUUAAAAUAAAGGUAGUACUUACCAUAAAAAAAUUUUGGUUAAUGCUUUUUAAUGCUUGUA